AUGUUGCAACUCGACCCUGACUUCAUCCGUAUGGAUGCCGAAGCUGAAAGAGCCAAGGGCUUUGUGAGAUGCAAGUUCAACGAACAGAUUGACUCGAUACCAAUAUACAAUGCCUCCCCUCUAGAACGCCAAAGAGCAGUAGAAGCCGCAACUGCUGCGCGAAAAUCAUGUCGCGAACUAGCUAGCGAGUUCCAUGCCGUCUUACCAAGAGAGCUUCGAAACAUGGUAUACGCCUACAUCGUCGGCCCGACAGCCCAGGCUCAAGAUACACCAGAAUAUAGCGGAAUGUGGUGGCGUGUCGUAUGCGGCAAAAGCAUACGCAUUGGCUGGUUAGACUCGCAAUGGGGCGAAGGUAUUGAAGCACUCGACAUCUGCGGUGAAAGUCUCCACAUGCAACCUAAAUGCUGGGCUAUGGAUCCAGCAUACUUUGGAGUGCACGCAGCGCAAGAGCUUACAGAGACUUACUACAGUAUCAACAGCUUCUACAUCACGUCCGCCCAGGAGAUGAGCAACCUGUUCCGCGCCGAUCCCUUCAAGCUCGGAAUAAAGCCGUAUCAGUUUAUCGGCAAGUUCACGGUGGUACUCAACUUCUCCGGAACUGAAAUGCAAAGCGAGGACGAAGUGGCGACUCUUCACAAAAACCUCCAAGACCUCCAGCUACUACCUACGAAACGUAAACACGAAAUUUGCAUUCGCCUCGAGACAGCUUUCCAGAUUGGUGAAAUUAAACUUGGCCAGUGGGGGCCGCCUUGUCGAUUAUUCAGCAUGACGGAAGAGGAGUGGCGAAAGGAGAAAGAAGAGGAUGCAGAUGGGGACCCAGCCCGGCAUUAUGUUCUCCGUGCGCCUAAUGUUGUAAGCGACAAGAAUGAGCAAGACACGAACGAAGACAGCGAGGAAGACGAGGAGGCAACAGAUGAAGAAAGCGACGAAGAAGAAGAAGAAGAAGGACCAGAAAACGAGAGCGAAGACGCGGAAUACUUGUUCAAUCGGGACCAGACUCUAGACACGGAAACCAAGCUCAAGGUGCGCGAAGCGCUGAAAACCCGAUGGCAGGAAUUAGGCGCUCUUGAUCACUUUUGGCACAGUGGCGACCGUGAAGGCCCUUUCGGACUCCAGAAACAGAAAUCACGAUACUCAUCGCGGGAUCUGCAGUAUGAAGACUUUGUGUAG